CUCCCCCAGCAUAUAUAGCACAGGGAAAACACCCCAAACCAAGGAAAAGUAGCAGCUAGCAAAUCAUCUAUCUACAAAGAGGAGGAGGGGAGGGGCCGAGGCAACAACUCUCCUUUGAUUUCUUGGCGCUCUCUCUCUCUCUCUCUCUCUCUCUCUCUCUAGGUCGGUCAGCUCUUGGAUUCAACAAGCUAAGCACAUGGCGCAGAGCGCGGCGGGGAGCAUGCAAGAGAUCGAUUAAGAACACGCACGGGCCAGUACACAGAUAUGUGAGCCGGCCGGCAGCUAGCUGCUCUCUAUCAAUAAUUUCUCCUGCCUUAGCUUGCUUCAAGAAUAUAUAUAAUCGACGAGCCAGCAGGGAUAUAUCGGAGCUCGAAGGAAGAAUCUAUCGAUCCGUGGACCGAGUGCCAAGAAUUGGAGCUAGCUAGGUAGAAGAGAUCGAGAGAGAAGCUGGCGAGCAGGUGGUGGGACGAGGGGCGGCGGCUCGGCCUGCCGGAGCCAUCCUCCCAGCUUGGCAAGAACCAGGACGAAGACAUGACGCCUUCUUCCAACAAGGACGGCGGCGGCGCCACUGAGCAGCCGACGAGCGGCGACGACCGCGAGAACUACGGCAGCGGCGAGCCCAAGGAAGGCGCCGUGGUGACCGGCAACCGGCGCCCCCGCGGGCGGCCACCGGGGUCCAAGAACAAGCCCAAGCCGCCCAUCUUCGUGACGCGGGACAGCCCCAACGCGCUGCGCAGCCACGUGAUGGAGGUGGCCGGCGGCGCCGACGUGGCCGAGUCCAUCGCCCACUUCGCGCGCCGCCGGCAGCGCGGCGUGUGCGUGCUGAGCGGCGCGGGCACGGUGACCGACGUGGCCCUCCGCCAGCCCGCGGCGCCCGGCGCCGUGGUGGCGCUCCGCGGGCGCUUCGAGAUCCUCUCCCUGACCGGCACGUUCCUGCCCGGCCCGGCGCCGCCCGGCUCCACGGGGCUGACCGUGUACCUCGCCGGCGGGCAGGGGCAGGUCGUGGGAGGCAGCGUGGUCGGCACGCUCACGGCGGCGGGGCCGGUCAUGGUGAUCGCGUCCACCUUCGCCAACGCCACCUACGAGAGGUUGCCGCUGGACGAGGCCGAGGAGGACUCCGGGCAGCAGGCGCAGCUGCCUCCGCUCGGGGCCCCCGGCGGAGGGCCGCCUGGGGAUCCCUCGGCGGCGAUGCCAAUGUUCGCCGGGGUGCCGCCAAACCUGAUGCCAGCUGGGGGCGGCGCCGCCGCCUCCGGAGCGGGCCUGCGGCUCGGGCACGAGGGGCUUGCUGCAUGGGCUCAUCAUCAUGUACGGCCCCCGCCCUACUAGUAGAUCUAGUUAGGAUCGAUCAGAGGAAGGAGAUGAUCCAUAUAUAUAUGGCCAUAUGCUCAAUCGAUCUUGGAAGUAGAAUUAAUGUGAUGGAGGAUUAUCAUUAUCGUUCAUGCAUCCCAUACAAAGCUACUAUAAGUAGUGAUGAAUUAAGCAGCAUGUCUCUGGUGGAUCGGAUCGGAGCUAAUAAAAUUAAGAGUCUCUAAAAUUAAGGCUCUUCGAUUC